AUGACUUUAGGACAAGCAUUAAAACUCGAGAAUUACAUUAAGGAGCUAAACCCCCACCCUAUAGAAGAAAAUUCUCCAGAGUUUAAGCUUUGCAUUGAUGACAUUAUUCGCAGAAUAAAAAAUAUGGAUCCAGUUGUUGACAACUUGACUCACUGUGAGAAGGACCUCUCUAUGACUAGCGCUGAACUUGUAACUCUCCCAGAACAGGUAGCCAAAGAAUUGAUUCCAGCCUGUAAGUCAGUUAUCUCUGGUAACAAAUCAUCUGCUAGGAUAUCGCCAGUAAAAUCGUCUAUGACAGACAAACAGAUUCCUGAACUCUCUUUAGAAGCAAUUCUGAUUGGAUCUAGUGAAGUUACGGCACAGAAUAUAGUUGAUCUAUUUAAAGUAGCAAUGAAGCUUAAACACAAGAAGAUUUUAUGCUGGUAUUGUUACUAUAAAGCAUAUGAGAAUCGAGUCAGGAAUGUUAAGUCUAAGAAUGAUAUUGAUGACAAAUCAGCAAGAACAUUGGUAUUUUCACUCCAACAUUCUCGCAAAAAAAAUAUUGCUGCAAUGCCCAAGAAAAUGACGCAAGGUUUAUUACUUCGGUUUGAAGGAUGGGAAGCUACUUUGAGCCCUGAACAAUUUAAUCUUAUUUUGAUCCUCAAAUUCUGUCAUACAAAAGAUGACUUUACGUAUGAUAAGUCUGCUGAGCAUACCGAAAUAACAAAGUUCGCAUCAUACGUUGCAGAAACUACAACAGAUGAAAAUUGGAGGAAAGCUGCAUUAGCUCUCAGCGAAGAUGAAAAGAUCAAAAGACGGGAUUGGGCAACGUUGAAACAACCACCUAAGCGGCCAGGUACUGUCAGACUAGUUAUGGAAACUCUCCGUCCUAGUGACUUUCCAGCUCCUAAUUUGGAGCAAACCAAGAUCCAGUUCGCGGUUGAUCGUUAUAUGAUGGGGAAUAAAGCUCAUUUGAUCGCAGACGAGGCAAAAUUAGAUUAUAUGUCGGCCCUUGAUUUUCCUAGUGCUCUCAUAGCACCACCAUCCGAUACUUCUCUCACAACACUACCACCUGGUAAUAAUCCCACAACGCCACCAUCUGGUAAUGAUCUCACAACGCCACUAUCUGGUAAUGAUCCCGUAACGCUGCUACCGCCUAAGCAGAAUAUUCUUAAACGUCCUCAGCCCUUACUCGAUAUUUAUGAAAUAGACUUGGAUUGGGCACUGUGGAAGCUCAAUGCCAUAAUCAACAAUAUUGACAUAGAACAAAUCCUCCUGGAUUUAUAUAAAAAAUGUCAAAAAACGAGACCAAAAAUGAAAACGUCACUCAAUUGUGGCAUUAUUGACCUCAACAAUGGUGUUAUUUUAGAAGCUCUGGGUGAAUCGAUAAAGUUGUACUUCGAAGAAAAAAUACAGAUAUAUAAACCUAGGAAAGUCAUAUCUGAAGAUGUUGCAAAAACCUUGAAAAAAUUUAAUGUAACAUCCUUAGAAGAUCUCGGAAAAGUACUGUCAGAAGUCCAAAUCGACUAUAAUAGUCUGAAUCGUGAUAUUGUUUAUGUGCAUCGCCUUUUUCAAAAAUUAUUCUCCGAUAGUAUGGGAAAGUGCAUUUUAUACUGA